CUCGAUGAUGACGACCUUGUUCACCACACACGGCUGAGCGAACAGAUUCUUGUCCAUUACCGGCAGGAAUAUCAAAAAAUCAUUUCCGAGCUUCAGCAUGCCCCUGGUCGUGUCUCAUACACACUUGACCUCUGGGAGGAUGAGAAUCGUCAGACGUUCAUGGGUCUGACCGCACAUCAUUGCCACGAGGAU